UAAAUAAAUCAAUUAAUGGAAGGGAAAAAGAAAGAAUGCAUACCUGAAAAGGUGAAAGAAAAAGUAGAGUUGUGUGUUGCGAUCCAGCCAAGUAACACUCUUUCCCUGAGACAAGUCCCAUGCUCAUUGGGUAUUGCCACUGACAGCUCUCUUUCCACACUUUCUCCCCCACCACAGCUCUACGACAUGUUCCAUUCAGUGAUGAGGUACCUGCCAGGACCACAGCAACAGAUCAUCAAGUACACGCAGGAACUGGAAGAUUUCAUGAUAAGGAAAGUGAAGCAGAAACAGAGUACCCUGGACCUCAAUUCCCCACGGAACUUCAUUGACUCCUUUCUCAUCCACAUGCAGGAGAAGAAGGACCUCAGUUCAGAGUUUCACAUGAAGAACCUGGUGAUGACAUCACUAAGCCUGUUCUUUGCCGGGUCUGAGACUGUCAGCUCCACGCUGCGCUAUGGCUUCCUGCUGCUCAUGAAGCACCCAGAUGUGGAGGCCAAGGUCCAUGAGGAGAUUGAGCGGGUGAUUGGCAGGAACCGACAGCCCCAGUAUGAGGACCGCCUGAAGAUGCCCUACACCGAGGCUGUGAUCAACGAGAUCCAGAGAUUUUCUAACUUUGCUCCCUUGGGCAUUCCUCGAAGGAUUACCAAGAACACCACAUUCCGUGGCUUCUUCCUCCCCAAGGGCACUGAAGUGUUCCCUAUACUAGGUUCUCUGAUGACAGACCCAGAGUUCUUCCCUGGUCCCAAAGAUUUCAACCCCCAGCACUUCCUGGAUGACAAGGGGCAGCUGAAGAAGAACGCUGCUUUUCUGCCCUUUUCCACAGGUAAGGAAACACUGGGUCACUAGUGCUCACACCAAAGGAAACUCAUGUCAGCUCCCCUCACUGUGAUACAGCCUAGCAUCAUUCUCCUGCACCAAGUCCUUUUGGAACCUAACUUCCAGCCAACCAUGUGCAACCCCUGUACCUACCAAGCACAAGCGUCCGGACACAGGUCAAAGUAUCAAUGGGAUCAAGGAUAACUUUCAGAGAUGGGGAAAAAGCAAAGCACAGACUGAGUCUGCCAGCUUCCCCAGGUCAUGCUCAUACAAGCAAUUCUUCAGACUCUUGGAAAAAGGGGACAACAUCCAGGUGGUGAUGGUUCAUGCCUUUAAUCUCAGCAGAAGCAGGUGGAUCUCUGAGUUCAAAGCCACCCUUGUCGACAAAGUGGGUCUAGGACAGCCAGGGCUACACAGAGAAACCCUGCCUGAAAAAAAAUAGAAUACACAGACAGACAGACACAUACAAACGUACGUACAUACAUACAUACAUACAUACAUACAUACAUACAUACAUGAGGGAACAGCCAAGCAUCCACAUUUGAGAGUAUAAUUGGUUCAGGAAGCACCUGGACUUCCCAUUUCACCGACCAACAUCCUGUAUAGGGAAACUGGGAAGGGCGAGGUUAAAAUCUUCCGUGUUCA